GCCAUCCCGUACCUAAUGUCACUUCGUUUUGCUCCUCCCGACCAAGUUUAAUCUUAGGGCAAAGGUUAAAUCGCCGAGGAACGUCUCGCCGCCGUGCCGCCUCCUUCUCCACUCCUCUCUCUCUACUUCGCAGACUAUUCCGCCAGCUAUGUCUCAGGUAGACAGCAGAAACUCUUCAGCAGCCAAGCGUGCUAGAACUGACGGGGGACGCAGAGAAGAUGAUUGGACUUGUCCCAGUUGUGGCAAUGUCAAUUUCUCGUUCCGGACUACCUGCAAUAUGCGUAAUUGCACUCAGUCUCGACCUGCUGAUCACAAUGGGAAGUCUGCUCCCAGACAUAUGCAAUCUCCACAAAGCUUCUCAUCACCAGGUAGAUAUUUAGGAUCUGGGGGCCCCCCUCCAGUAUAUAUGGGCGGGUCACCAUACGGAUCCUCUCUCUUUAACGGGUCUAUUCCUCCUUAUGACGUCCCCUUCUCUGGGGGUUCGCCUUAUCAUUUUAACUAUAAUAGCCGAAUUCCUGCUGGAGCUCAUUACAGACCGUUACAUAUGUCUGGACCACCACCACCAUACCAUGGUGGUGGAUCUAUGAUGGGAAGUGGUGGCAUGUAUGGAAUGCCUCCACCACCCAUGAACAGGUAUGGCCUUGGGAUGGCCAUGGGUCCUGCUGCUGUCGCCGCUAUGAUGCCAAGAUCCGGUUACUAUCCAGAGGAAAAAUCACAAAAGCGAGAUUCAACUCGUGAGAAUGAUUGGACAUGUCCGAAUUGUGGUAAUGUAAACUUCUCGUUCAGAAUUGUAUGUAACAUGAGAAAGUGCAACACUCCAAAGCCUGGGCCCCAGCAAGGUGGAAGCUCAGAUCAAAUCUCCAAACAAAAGGCACCGGAAGGAAGCUGGAAGUGUGACAACUGUGGAAACAUAAACUAUCCGUUCAGAAACAAAUGCAACAGGCAAAACUGUGGAGCUGAUAAACCAGGGGAUCAGUCGAACGAUUCUCCUUCCUAUGCACCUGAAGAGAACGAUCAGUGAGUCGUAGACAUGUUUGGGGGUUGAGAAGGGUGUCUGAUCGAGCGGGUGUCGGUAAUGUCAGUCAAAUAUUGCGUCAGGUCGUCGUCCAUGUUGCAGCGGUCGUCAAGUUACUUCUAUGCAUUUGUGUCUUUACCUCUCUUUGGGUUAGCUGUGUUGUAUUAAUAUGUCUCAAUCUACUUUGUGGUCGUUGUGGAUCUUUGCUAUCGCUACCUCCGUCUCUACCCUGUUUACAUCCUGGGAUCUUAGUUUGGCACUUUUGUUUAUACAUUGUUGCAGUCCACCUGGUCGUUUUAUUUUUCCCUUAUUACCAUCUUCAUAAAACUAGACAUUCUUCUAA